AGAAAAAGGCUUGGAAAGUCUUUAGAAGAYCCGGGUUUAGAGCUGUGAGGAAGCUGUUACCACUUACCUUAAAAUAGUCCAACUAGAUUCCAGCUCCCUGUUCAGAUUGUUAGUGCAAGAUGGCAGACCAGAGGCAACGCUCGCUGUCGACCUCUGGAGAAUCCUUAUACCAUGUGCUAGGACUGGACAAGAACGCCACUUCGGAUGAUAUUAAAAAGUCAUACAGGAAGCUUGCACUGAAAUACCAUCCUGAUAAGAAUCCUGAUAAUCCAGAGGCAGCAGAAAAAUUUAAAGAGAUCAAUAAUGCACACGCAAUAUUGACUGAUGCCACGAAGAGAAACAUUUAUGAUAAGUAUGGAUCUCUGGGUCUGUAUGUAGCAGAGCAGUUUGGAGAAGAAAAUGUGAACACGUACUUUGUCCUAUCCAGCUGGUGGGCAAAGGCCUUGUUUGUCUUCUGUGGGCUCAUCACGGGCUGCUAUUGCUGCUGCUGUCUGUGCUGCUGCUGUAAUUGUUGCUGCGGGAAGUGUAAACCUAAACCCCCCGAAGGCGAAGAGCAGGAGUACUACGUCUCUCCAGAGGACUUGGAGGCACAGUUGCAGUCAGAUGAAAGGGAGGCCUCGGAAACACCUAUUGUGAUACAGCCAGCAUCAGCCACAGAGACAACCCAGCUCACAGCCGACUCUCACCCCAGCUACCACACCGAUGGAUUUAAUUAAGUUAAGAAAAUACUGUCAUUAGAAUGGAUAAGUAAAUACAUGGCCAACUCGACACUAGAAUCAUGAACAUUAGAAGUAGAGAUGGGGAGGGGGAAAAUUUCUGCCACAGUAAGAAGGCAGCUUUCCAACCUGCCGAAAAUAUUUUGUAAUCCCUUCAGCCUUUUGUCACCUUCAGUGUCGUAUCUUGAUGAUACGUGAAGUGCUGUAGCAUGCAGUAUUUAAAGCAGUUUAUCUAUGACCUUAUUUGUUUCCUUUCCUUUUUCUUUCUUCCUUUUUUUUUUUUAUUAGCAUGUAUGGAGUUAUGUUAAAUGUCUGUGGUGUAAUGUAUUGAGUUGUCACAAAAUAAGCGUGAUGGAGACAUUCUGCAUUUUAAGCAGUGGUAUUGGCCUAAAAAUGAGAUUUUGAAAAAGAAAAUAUUUCACAGAAGCCACCAUGCUUCCAUACAACUGAGCUGUUGAAAACCUUUAAAAGUUCAUGUAUUUUUCAUGUGAAUGCAACAAAUCAAAUCUUAUUUGUCCUUCUUUGCCUGCAUUGUUAUCUAAGCAAGUUUACAAAGCAAGAACCAAAAAUGCCAGUGCUGCAGAGAGAGAUUUCUAUUUAAUGCUGGUUUUCAGCUUAAAUAAAUCUAUCUUAAAAGAUAAAAGAGAGAGUUUCCGAUCUUUGAAGAGUAAAUUGAUGAACAGCUGUUUAUGCCCAAGGGGAUCUUCAGUAACAGUGAACCACAAAUGUUAACUUGCCACAAAAUCGAAUGUAAAUAGGUUGAUUUGGUGGUCGUCAUGGUGGACUUUGAAGUUCAAGCACAAUUCUGUUUUGUUUUGACUUUCUUUUUCCUGAAAUUUCUCAUGAACCUCUUUGUGGAAUACUUAAAUAGCUUUUUAAGAACAAAACACCUUUCUUUGUGUUUAUACUGUAUAAUUUGCACAUAGUCUUGUGUUUAGACUUGUUUACAUCAGUGUUUUUCUGUUCUUCAGAAAAACUGUGGGAAAACGAUUGAAAAGUUUCCUGUACUUUUUUUGUGACCAAACCAUUUUUGAAUACUGCUCUUGAAACUGUGGAUUAUUGAGAUUUAUGACAACAUUUUAGUCAGCUGGUGAGUUGCUGGUAUAUUUUGUUGUUAAUAAUCUUGCUUUAGACAAUAUUGAGUCAGGAGCUAGCAUAGCUACCAGUGAGUAUACACAUGGCACUUUUAGCACUUAUUUACAGCCUCUUCAGUUCUGAUCUU